CGGCGAGGGCAGCCCGCUGAAGCCCCGGGUGGUGACCGUGGUGAAGCUGGGCGCGCACCCGCUCCGGAAGGUCACCCUGCUCCUCAACCGACGGUCGGUGCAGAGCUUUGAGCAGCUCUUGGCCGACAUCUCCGAGGCCCUGGGCUUUCCCAGGUGGAAGAACGAUCGCGUGAGGAAGCUCUUUAACCUCAAGGGCAAGGAGGUCAGGAGCGUCUCGGACUUCUUCAGGGAAGGGGACGCCUUCAUAGCCAUGGGCAAAGAGCCGUUGACCCUGAAGAACAUUCAGGUCGCUGUAGAAGAGCUGUACCCCAGCAAAGCCCGGGCCCUGACCCUGGCCCAGCACAGCCGGGCCCCCUCUCCCAGGCUGCGGAGCAGGCUCUACAGCAGGGCUCUGAGGGGGGGUCACCGCUGUGGGGAGGCGGACAGCGCCCAGGGCCGGGGGGAGGCCGUGGAGCCGGCGCUGGGGGACAGGGCGAGGCCCCAGAAGCAGUGGGGCGCGGGCAAGUGGGAGCCCGAGCCGGCCGGGAGGCCGCCCAGGGAAGCCACUCUGGGGAGGCCUGCGAGCGGGGAGAAGCACCUGGGGGUGGAGAUCGAGAGGACGUCGGGGGAGAUCAUCCGAUGCGAGAAGUGCAAGAGGGAGAGGCUGUCCCUGGGGACCAGCGAGCUGGACCUGGGCAGGGGCCGCAGGGCCGAGGCGGCCGAGAAGCUGGUGAGGGCCAGGAGCUGCCGGCGGUCCCCCGAGGCCAGCCCUGCAGCCGGGGGGGAGGGGCGGAAGGGCGAGGGCCCCAGGAGCAGCCCCAGGACCCCCGGCAGGGGCCGGGACCCGAAGGACGACAGGGGCCCCGCGGGUCAGGAGGGCCGCGCCGAGGCCGCGGCCGAGGCCGGGCGGGAGCCGGGGCGAGACGAGGCGCCGCGGGACGCGGGCAGGGAGGCCAGGAGCAGGGUCAGGGAGGGCGGCUGGCCGCGGCGGGAGGCGCAGGUGGACCCCGCGGCGCUGCCCGGGCCCCGCGCCCCGCCGGACGCCGGCCCGGAGCGGCCGCCCUGUGCGCAUGCGCCGGGGGCACGGAGGCCGGCGGGGCGCGCGGUGCGGGAGCCCCGGGGCGGCCGCAGGCGGAGGCCCGCGGGGCUCCUGGCGGCCGACGUGCACCAGCACUACGAGGCGGGCCGCGUGCUGGGGGACGGCAACUUCGCCGUGGUCAAGGAGUGCCGGCACCGCGAGACGCGGCAGGCCUACGCCAUGAAGAUCAUCGCCAAGGCCAAGCUCAAGGGCAAGGAGGACAUGGUGGACAGCGAGAUCCUCAUCAUCCAGAGCCUCUCGCACCCCAACAUCGUGAAGCUGCACGAGGUGUACGAGACCGAGGCGGAAAUCUACCUGAUCAUGGAGUACGUGCAGGGCGGGGACCUCUUCGACGCCAUCGUCGAGAGCGUCAAGUUCGCCGAGCGCGACGCCGCGCUCAUGCUCAUGGACUUGUGCCGCGCGCUCGUGCACUUGCACGACAAGAGCAUCGUCCACCGGGACCUCAAGCCCGAGAACCUGCUGGUUCAGCGAAAUGAGGACAAAUCUACCACCUUGAAACUGGCUGAUUUUGGCCUUGCAAAGCGUGUAGUGAGACCCAUAUUUACUGUGUGCGGGACUCCGACUUACGUAGCUCCUGAGAUCCUCUCUGAGAAAGGUUACGGGCUGGAAGUGGACAUGUGGGCCGCGGGCGUGAUCCUCUACAUCCUCCUGUGCGGCUUCCCCCCCUUCCGCAGCCCGGAGCGGGACCAGGAAGCGCUCUUCAACCUCAUCCAGCUGGGCCGCUUCGAAUUCCUGGCUCCGUACUGGGACAGCGUCUCCGACGCUGCCAAAGAUCUGGUGAGCCGGUUGCUGGUGGUGGACCCCAAAAAGCGCUACACCGCCCACCAGGUCCUUCAGCACCCCUGGAUUGAGACCGCGGGAAAGACUAGCGGGGCGAGCCUACAGAAGGAGGUGCCCCCUGGCGGUGAGGGCCACGUCCGGAGCCAGCACAAGCGGUCUGCAGAUCAAGCCUCGUAGCCACCGCCUCGGGAACUGGCCAACCCCCUUCUCCCCCAAGGACAGAGAAGGCGCUCGAAGUCCAGGAGACAGACAGAAUCAGAGGGGGAGAAAUGCUUCGUAUGUUUUAAAGCAGAUUUUACAAAAUAAACUUGAGUCUUAAUGUUAAAUGUUGUAAUAUAUUUUUAGAUUUGUACAUUUCGAGACUUUAAUACAUUUUUUGCGAGGGGAGAGCUAUCGGUGAGGACUUUUUGGUAAUAAUGCUGUUUUGCUUCCUCCUCACAAUCAAGUUCAUGGUAUUCUACCUGAGUGGUGCUUCCCAGGACCUAA